AUGACUGCAGAUUCCCAACAAGGAGACAAGAGAGAAUGGCACACAUUCGAACAGAAUAUUCCAGAAAGCCUCGUCAGCGACUACGAUAAGCUGAAGGAAGGCUUGAAGAAAUACUUUCCAGGGGGAAUUGAUGUCACAUUUGUGGAGGCAUCCGCCCACCAUGCAGCACUCUACAAGGUAAUCGGAUUACGAGAAAGUCCCGACAGGAUCAACCUACAGAAAUUCCUCAUGGAGGGAAAAUAUAUUUUGCAGGAAUGA